CUUCUCGAAUCUGCACUUACAAAUCGCCUUAAGCCUACCACCGCUUGCCGCAAGGCAGUAAAGGACUACGUUCGGCACAAAAUAAUGCCUGACAAGACACUCACAGUAGCCGCCUACGCAGCUGGUGCCUCUCUCGCCGCCAUUACGCUAAUCUACGUUUUUGGUCCCACCUAUUUUCUCGAUAAUGAUCCAUCGGCUAACUCAACCAGCGUGUUCUCGAUCAAGAGGAAUGGUGCCGUGGGCCUAAUCAAUCCGGCAAACGAUUGCUUCAUCAACUCAGUUCUGCAGGCUCUCGCUGGCCUUGGAGACCUCCGUUUAUACCUCAUCCGGGAGACUCAUCGUCGAUGCCUGGGCGGUGGCUGGGUGUAUGCGCAGACCAUCCCGAGCGAUGUUUGGGGCAGUGGUGGCGAAGGCGAAGGCGACGAGACAAGCAAAUGGCGAGUCCGUGGUGGUGUUCCCGAGUGGAAAGCCGAAGGACUUCAGAUGGGUAUCGUCACCAAGGGCUUAAAGGAUAUCCUUGACGCCCUGAACGAGAGACCGAUCUACAAAAAGACGAUCUCGGCCUCGCCGUUUGUCAGGACACUGGAGAUUGCCUUUGGUCAGCGGAUCAGUAGACAGCAACAGGACGCCCAGGAGUUCCUUCAGGUCGUGGCCGAGAGGCUCUGCGACGAGUAUCAUGCUGGCCAGAGAGCGCGAAGCUACGCUAUGCGUGGAGCCGAGCAACCAACUACUAAGAUAUCUCUCAAUAGCAAGACAUCAGACAGUGAAGCUCUGGAUCGGCCUCUACCUCUAAGGGCCAGUGAGCAGGUCAGUGGCGCUGACCAACCGGCGGCAACGGCCGCGAGCGCGGUUCCGAACGGCGCCGAUGAAGAAAGAGCAGAAGAAGGGUUCCCGUUCGAAGGAAGCUUUGAAUCUCAGAUUGAAUGCCUUACUUGUGGUUUCAGACCCAGGCCCACUCAGUCAACCUUCUGCACCCUAACACUAAACGUGCCACAUAUCCCAACAACAACUCUGAGCGCAUGCUUCGACGGCAUGUUCAAAACCGAGUACAUCGAGGAUUUCAAAUGUGAAAAGUGCCGGUUGUUACAUGCCAAGGCCGUUCUCGAAGCAGAUAUUCAGCGGUCAACGUCAGAGUCCUCGAGGGAGAAAGCUCGCACGGCUCUAGCCAGUCUCGAGCUAGCUAUCGAAACGGAUCCUGAAAAGGCACCAGAGGGUGUCGAGUUGCCGGAUCCUCGCUAUGCUCCCAAGCGGAAGAUAGCUCGGCACAUCCGUAUGACAGGAUUUCCCAGGAUCUUGGCCAUCCAUCUGUCGCGGUCCAUAUACGACAUGAGCAAUUUCUCUCAGAAAAAUCUUGCGAAGGUUACAUUUCCGGAACUAUUGCCCCUGGGUGGCCUUCUGCAGCAGAGAAAAUACAAGCUUCUUGGCGUUGUGACGCACAAGGGUAAUCACCAUAGCGGGCACUAUGAAUCCUUUAGACGACAAAACAUAUACCCACCCUUCUCUAACCCCGGUACCUUUCAACCUUCCGGGGCGUACAUAUACACCAGUUCACCUUCAAACAUUAAUCCUGGACAAGCCAUUCAACCAGGAUCCGGACAGGCUCGAACACCAGGAGUAGACGGCGGUAUCACGCCUGCGAACGAGCCUAGAUCGACAUCUACGUCUCGGGAAAGAGAUACCGACACGAACAGCCUUCGAUCUGCGGCCGCAUCUGCGCGCUCAACCUUGAUCAAGAUUGCCUCAAAGCCAUCCUCUCGCGCUGGCAGCCCGGACAUAACCGGGUCGAAACCUCACAACAAGACACCAAACACAACUGUGAAAUCCAAACGGCACAAAUCAAGCAGCCGAUGGUGGCGUAUCAGUGACGACAAAGUCAAAGAAGCAAGUACUCGCGACGUACUGGGCAUGCAACGAGAGGUUUACUUGCUGUUCUAUGAACUUGAACGAGAGAAUUCAUAA